AAAUACCAUGUGACUAAACUAAUUAAAAAUGAACUCGAAAGAAUUAUGAAUGUUCGCGUUUAGAAAGGUGCAGGCAUGAUUACAAACAAGUUAAAAGUUAUGUUGAAUUAUUUGAAAAUAUGCAAUCUGCUAAAACUGAGAAACAUUAAUUGGUCCAUGACGAUUAUUUUUCGGUAUCUCAGAUACUAUCUUACUCUAGAAUCGAGAAACGAAUCGACAGAAAACAAAAUCAGCAGUGAAAGCAGUACAUCGGUCGAAUACAUUUGGCCAAAAAUGAAGCGCGUUCAAUAUAACUCGGAUCGAAGGAGUCGUCUUCUAAGAAAGUCCAACAGGAAACUAAAUUUCCCUUGUGUCCUGAAAAUGAUCACUCGAAGCCUCUGCACACACCAAGUGCACUUUUCGCUUGAGACCGCCAACUAGCUCGACAUCUGGGGACAUCUUGGUGUGACGAAACCGGACAAACUACCAAAUGAAUUCAAGUAACAAAAAGUGUCUCGUAAACGAAGAAGGGAAAGACUGUUUGACACAGGUUUGCGGACUGCCUGUCCGCUUACCUGUGGCUGCCGUCCAUUUCGUAAUUACGUGCCGUAACCGUCAACGUUCGUAACGUCAUUACGUGCCGUAAAGAAAUAUUUGCCAGGACCCCAACAGAGUGUCCCUCAAGAAACAAAAAAAAGAAAUUGUGUCACGGCGGCAGUAAAAUCGAGAUCUUUCAAGUGAUAACGAAAACAUUUUGGAACCAGUGGAAGAGCAAUAUAAAAAACGCAAUAAUUUGGACGACGCUAACGCAAUGACUACAAAAAAGUAGAAAACUGCAACUCCUGCUCCAGAGAAAGUCGUUAUGAAGACACCGGUUACGCCAUCAAUUCUGGACAAAGCAAAAUUAAAAAAUGAUCUUCAUGAUUCUGGCAUUGAAAGCAGUAGCUCAGAAGUGAUGCCACAAGAAGCCCCCAGGAAGAAGCAGCUAGAGAAAGAAACUGUCGUUCCUCCGCAUGUGUUACAGGAAGCUGCUGAUGAAAUAGUGCGUGAUGUUGAAGAUGAAGGAGAUGAUAUUUUUGAGCCCCGUCACAUGAGAGACAAUGACCAUGACAAAGACGAUGGUCAUAUUGGAAUUCACUCAUACCGGCAUCUUACUGAGAGCCUCGGUAGUUCUGACACCUUACCAUCAAUUGACAGCCCCUGCAGGAAAGACACCGCUCGCCACACCCUGCAGCAGACGGUGUAGCACGAGCUCGUGCAUGAUCAUGAUGGACGUGAAGAACGUGAAGAGAUCAUUGAGAGACAGGAAAUGGUCUUGUCAUCAGACCAAAUGGGAGAGCCUGGGAUGCGAAAAAUCUUCUAUAAAUUCAAAAAAGAAGGCGGAAAAAUUUCGAGUGAUGAUAUGUGAAAACGGUUUUUAACGGAAGAAUUGGAAACCUGAAACAAUAAUUGUGAUCGUUCCUUGUCAAUGUUUGUUACUUGUCUUGUAGUGGAGUGAUAUUUUGACUUACUAAAUUGCCUAAAUUUUAAUAAGUGGGGCUAUGAGGAGAACCGUGUGAGUGCAUUAAUUUUAAGUUGAAUAACCCCUUGAGACCUAAAUU